GGUUUUGUUGUUUAUACUUGUCAACGAAGUUAUCCAAUUUACAUUGCGUGAAAUGGUAAAACGACAGCCGAUCAAGAAACAAAAGUAGCUUCCGUAGCUGAAUUAGCUGCAUUAAUUUUAGUUUUUCCAACGGGAUGAACUUUUGAUAUAAUCAGAGGCGAUAUCUCAGUAUGCAAAUAUGUCAACAGAUGAGCGCAACUUUCGUUCAACCUACUAUGAAAAAGUCGGUUGCCGGAGUGUCGAAGAAAAACGUUCCCUGGAAAUUCUCCUAAAAGAAAAGCCAUUGAACCGAACGAAAUUAAAACAGUUUUGCCUAAGGUUUACCGUACCAUCUGUUCACAGAGCGCUGCUAUGGAAUUUAUUGUUAGGUUUAGCUCCUGUAUUUUGUGAUUCACACGAUUAUGUUAUGGCACAAUGGUCAAUGGUCUACGACGAUCUCCUUCGAGCUUUAAAAGUUCUACGCUUGAUCGAUGACAAAACAUCCAAAUCGAGAAUUUUUUACGCAAUGUGGCUCUUGGAGAAUCGGAAGCUGAAGGCCGGUGUUAAUAUCAAUAUAGACCAUACGUUUGUCGACAUAACCGAGGUUUUAAAUGGAAGUUCAAUAUCGGAGAACGACGUCGAUCUGUACUGCAUUGCCAAAGGCUUUUACGAUAUUACACUGGAGAUUAGUCGUGAUUUUGCUAAAAUGAAAGAUUUAACUUAUUUGCUGUUGGAAAAGGAGGAUAAUGCAGUGUUCAAGCAUUUGAACAGUCUAGACAUUUUACGUGCACUGCCAAUGGAAAAAUGGUAUUCAUCAUGCUUUGCUGGUGUACUGCCGAAAUUGUCUUUGAUUCGCAUUUGGGACAAAAUUUGCGGAAAAUCGAAGAAAAUCAUCGUUUUUGUAUUUAUCGUCUUACUCAAUACGCAGCGAGUGAAAGUGUUUCGAUUCAAAACUGUCAAAGAAGUACUGGACCAUAUCGAUACGAUAAAAGAAAAUCAAGAAAAAGGCGAUCUCAUCGUUACCAAAUCCAUUGAAUUGUGGCAACAAAAUCGAUCACACAGAUCGCAAAAUGAUUGAGGAAAAAUUGUGUGUUUAACUUUUCAUAUUUUUAAUUAAAAAAGAAAAUUACUGGCCGUCUUAACAA